AUGUCGAUGUUCAUCUCUGCAGUGUUGAGCGACCUUACCAGCAGAUCCAUGUCUUUCCUGCUUGACAAGCUCUCGACGGCGGCGAUUGCGGCGGCAACGUCGGAGGAGACUCUGAGCAGCCUUGAGAGGCUUCUCCUUCGGGUCCACGUCAUCGUAGAGGAGGCAGAGCAGCGGCACGUCACGAACCAGGCCAUGCUCCGGCAACUCAACCAGAUGAGGAAGGAGAUGUACAGAGGGUACCAUACGCUCGACGACAUCUUCAAAUGCAAAGAUCAAAGCCAAGCUGUGAUGAUGCUUCCGUCCUCCUCCACGCCAUCCAGGUCGUUCAAUCCUGCAAAGCGUCGCCGUCCCAGCAGCGGCAGCGGCUUGAGAGAACAAGAGCGUCUCCGUGAAGUUCUUGUCGGCCUAGAGACCGUCAUCAGAGAUGCAAGCGAGCUCGUUGUGUUCCUGAGUGGAUGUCCUCACCGGUGCCGACAGCCGUACAGCACGUACCUGAUUCUGGACAAGUGCAUGUUCGGUCGCCAGAUGGAGAUGGAGAGGAUCAUGGACUUUCUGCUGCAAGAAGAGGUUCCCAUCGAUGGAAACCCACCGGGUGUCCUGCCAAUCGUUGGGCCAGGCAAAGUAGGGAAGAGCACCCUGAUUGAGCACGCCUGCAACGACGACAGAGUGCGUGACCACUUCUCUCAGAUCAUGUGUUUCAGUCAGAAUAGUAUAACAGAUGACAGGACAGUGGCAACUCUGAGUGACUGUGAUGUAAUCAAGCAUCGUAGCGGCGCCAAUGGCGAAGAAAGGGUAUUGGUGAUAAUCCAACUAACCGGCGACAUCGAUGAAGCUGUGUGGAGGAAAUUUUACUCUGACUGCAAACGUCAUGUUGCAAUCGGAAGUAAAAUCAUCGUCGCUAGUCGAUCGGACAAGAUUGCAAGGUUUGGAACAACGCAGCCGCUGAAAGUACAGUUCUUCGUGCCAGAAGUGUACUGGUACUUCUUCAAGGUGCGUACCUUUGGCAGCACGGACACUCGAGACCAUCCGAAACUUGUGUCAAUAGCCAUGGACCUGGCGCAGGAGAUGAACGGGUGUUUCUUUGGUGCAACCGUUUUCAGCGGCCUUCUGAAAGCCAAUUUCGAUGCCCAUUUCUGGAGCACAGCUCUUGCGAUUGUCAAAGAUUUCAAGCGGGUGAAUCUCUUGCUCUUUGGAGACAAGUGCGCUGAUCUCUGGCAAGCUUUGGAGCCGGUAUUCCUCCGGAGAGUAAACAAAACGUCUUCUGAAUAUUUGGUGAUUGUUCAUGACUAUGAAACAGGUUUUGUUCAGGACUCGGCUCAAAGUGAAGGGCCCCAGAUGAGUAUUCGAGAUCUCUUGUUUGGUAGUAGUAACUUUAGACCUCGUGGGAAGUUCGGUGUUCUUGCGUGGAGGUCACAUAUACCACCUCACUACCGCUACAUGAUGAACUGUGAGGUGCAGAGGCCAGGGCGAGUGGUCUCCAGGAAGAAGCCAAUUGAACAGAUUGCGAGCUGA